GCAUCAGUGCAUACAUGAUGUCCUGUUCCGUUCUGUUCAGUUUAGCUGACCCGCUCCGCUAGCAGGCCAGUCGCUGCCGCCGCGGCGAACUGCUACCUGCCAAGCCUUAUAACGAAGCAGCAUCCCACUGGGCGGACUGAUCAACACUGCAUGAUCGCUUGGAACCAUUCUUCGCUGAUCUGCACUCGAUUUUUCAGUGUAAGUUAAGCUGAACAGAGUAGCUAGCAUCUUGCACGCAUGCGACGCUCCAUGUCCUGUCCGGUUGUCCCUCGUCGACCGAUCCAUGGCCGCUCCGGCGAGCCCGGACCAAGCCACCGCCCACUGGUGCUAUAUAUACACAUCGCAUUCAGAGUCUCGAGGCAGGAAACAUUAGCACCUUGCAAAUCUCCAGCUCCGGUCGAUUGCUCACUCUAGCCUCGCCGCCAUCAGAUCAAUGGCCUCCUCGCCGUCGCUGCUGGUGCUCGCCGCCGUGCUGGCCCUCUUCUCGCCGGCCGCCCUCGCCGCCGGCCGCGAGGAGCGCGAGCGCAUCCGCGUCUACGUGCACGAGCGGUUCUCGGGCCCGAACGCCACGGUGGGGUCCGUGGCGCCGUCCCUGCUCGGCGACAACUCGACGUUCGGCGAGGUGGGCGUGGUCGACGACGUGCUGCGCGCGGGGCCGGACCCGUCGUCCCGGGAGGUCGGGCAGUACCAGGGCCUCUUCGCCGGCGCGGACCUCGCGGACGCCAACUACUUCUCGGCCAUCACUCUCGUGUUCACCGCCGGCGAGCACCGCGGCAGCACGCUGUCCCUGCAGGGCAGCUACACCUUCCCCGGCGACGAGGUCCUCGAGCGCGCCGUCGUGGGCGGCACCGGCGGGUUCAGGAUGGCGCGCGGCGUCUCCCUGCUCAAGGUCGUGAGCGCCCAGCCGGAGGCGGCCGUGUUCCAGCUCGACCUGGUCGUGUUCACGCCCCGCCGCCGAUACUAG